AUGGAGAAGAAGCAUCCGUACGGUUCACUGGAGCGCACUGAAUGGAGCAGAGACCACAAUAAAUCAGAGGACGACAUGGUGUCCAUGGCAGACUCCACCAUCACCGUCGAUGACAUAGAGGGGGAACUCUUCAAGAUUGAAAGGAUCAGGGAUGUCCUGGUCAGGAGGGAGUCCGAGCUCAGAUAUAUGAUGGAUGACAUUCAGCUGUGCAAAGAGAUCACACGGCUGAAGAAAGAUCUGCAAAAAUUAGUGUCCAUACCAGAUAAUGACAAGUCCAAUGAGGACCGGCAGAAAGAAGAAGAACUACUGCUGCAGAUCCACAAGCUGGUCGAGACCAGAGAUUUCCUGGUGGAUGAUGUGGAGUUUGAACGACUUAGGGAGAAAGAAGAAGACAAAGAAAUGGCUGAUUUUCUGAAGUCCAAAUUUCCAAGAAAUAUGAGGAAGACAGGUGUACCAACAAGACGGGCAACAUCCAGGGCUCAGCAGACGUCAUCGCCCUUCACAAAGACAGGGCUCACCCUGCUGAAGGAGUGCUGUGGCUUCACAUGUUCUAUCAUGUAG